GUCUCAGUGGAAAAGUACAGCACGGAAGUGGUGUGCUUGUGGACCUUUAUCAGAGCCAAACACUUUUUCAAGUGAGACAGCAUGGUGUGCAGACCAAUCCAACAAUAAUUAGGUCAUAGAGCAGCCAAAGGGAACCACAGCCACUUUGUUUCUUACUCUGGCUCUGCUCAUGACAUGUUUGUGUAGAGAUCCUGUGGUUCAUCCAGCUGAGAGGAAUACUGAUCAGUUUGCCAUUGAUGUAAGCAACUCUUGGGGGAGGGGGCUUUGUGAUGGAGGGGGAAUUCCUCAAAGGAAAUAGUCUCGAGGCGCCCUGUCAGGAUAACAGAGUGGUGAAGAAGACUCAGCUGUUGGACCGGGGCCAGUGGGCAAGCAAGUUGGAGUUCCUGCUGGCUGUAGCGGGAACACUGGUUGGACUGGGAAACCUCUGGAGGUUUCCUUACUUGUGCUACAAAAAUGGGGGAGGUGCAUUUCUGGUUCCAUAUGUCCUGUUUCUGCUCGCUUGUGGUAUCCCUAUGUUCCUCCUGGAGACAGCCAUGGGGCAGUUCACAUCUCAGGGAUGUAUCACCUGCUGGAGGCAUUUCUGCCCCCUGUUUGAAGGGAUUGGUUACGCUACCCAGGUGGUGAUUGCAUAUGCUGCCGUGUCAUACAUCGUUAUACAGGCAUGGGCCUUCUUCUACCUCUUCUCAUCUUUCAGUGCUGAAGUCCCGUGGGCCAGCUGCAGAAACACCUGGAACACAGAGUCUUGUGUUGAAUUUGAUAAAACAAAUAUGUCCACCAACUGGACAGCAAACGCAACAACACCUGCAACAGAGUUCUGGGAGAGACGAGUACUGGGUAUAUCUCGGGGGAUUGAGGAGGUUGGUAGCCUGAGGUGGGAGUUGGCCUUGUGUCUCUUGCUGGCCUGGAUCCUUUGCUACUUCUGUGUUUGGAAAGGAGUUAGAUCCACUGGAAAGGUAGUUUACUUUACAGCCACUUUCCCCUAUGUGAUGUUGGUGGUUCUGUUGGCUCGUGGACUCACUUUACCAGGAGCUAUGGACGGCUUAGCCUUCUACCUGUAUCCUGACCCGACAAGGUUGGUGGACCCCCAAGUUUGGAUGGACGCAGGUGCACAAGUUCUUUUCUCUUUUGGGAUUUGUCAAGGGAGUUUGACCGCUCUGGGCAGUUACAAUCAAUAUAACAAUGAUUGUUACAAGGACACAUUUGUUCUCUGUUUGGUGAAUGGUGGGUCCAGUUUUGUGGCAGGGUUUGCAAUCUUUUCCGUUUUGGGCUUCAUGUCUUACGAACAAGGACUGCCAAUAUCUGAAGUGGCCGCUUCUGGACCUGGCUUGGCUUUUAUUGCCUAUCCACGUGCCGUAGCCAUGAUGCCUGUACCUCAGUUAUGGGCUAUAUGCUUCUUCAUCAUGGUCAUCUUGUUGGGUGCAGACACACAGUUUGUGAGUCUGGAGUGCCUGAUGACCUCAGUGACCGACAUGUUUCCCACUGUGUUUCGACGAGCUUAUCGUCGAGAGUUGCUGCUGCUUUGUCUCUGCUCUGUUUGCUUCUUCCUUGGCCUCCUUCUGGUCACAGAGGGGGGCUUGUAUUUCCUUCAACUCUUCGACCAUUAUGUUUGUAGUGGCAACAAUCUUCUCCUUCUUUCAGUGUGUCAGUCGAUAGCGAUUGGAUGGAUAUAUGGUGCAGACCGUCUCUAUGACAACAUUGAAGACAUGAUAGGUUAUCGUCCAUGGCCACUGAUGAAGUAUUGCUGGCUUUACAUCACCCCUGCUGUUUGUAUGGGUACAUUCAUCUUCUCAGUGGUGAGGUACAAGCCUCUCAAGUUCAACAAAACCUACGUCUACCCGACCUGGGCCUACGCUUUGGGCUGGUUUCUCGGACUGUUCUGUGUUCUCCUGGUUCCUCUGUGGAUCAUCUUUAAAGUUACUCAGAUGAAAGGGACGACAUGGCAGAGCCUCAGGCAGCUUUGCCGCCCAGAAAACAAGACACACAACACGGCAAAGCAACCCGAGCAAUGCCCUCUGAACCCAGACAACAUUCUUACUCCUGCUGCCAAUGAAUACAAGGGAAAUGGUGGAUCUGAGAUGGAGAUGCAAGUUUGAGACACUGAGCAUUUUUGAUAAACUUUUAAAUGUGAUGUUUUUAUUCUGAACUCUAGGUUUUACAAGCAAAGCAUUUUUAAGUAAUUAAAGCAAUAAACUCUGCUGGGUAACCAUAACAGGUCUGCAACCUGCACAGUGAGCGGGGAGUAUACCAGCAAAUAGAGAAAGUUUUUUAAAGUUUUUAAAAUCUAUUUACAUUUAAAACAAACCUUUAAUAAGUAUGAUCAAGUUAAAUCAGUGUUCCACCAUCCUCCACAGAGGAUGAGGACGCUGGUCCUGAUAUUCACUGCCCAUUAACAUGCACUGUCACCACAGAUUUUCACAUAAUCUAACCCCCCUUACAUGAUGUAAGUGAAGAAUAUUGCCUUUUAUUUGUGAUAUAUUAAGCUUAAAUACAGUACACAUGUUUGAAAUGGUUUGCCUUACGCAGGGCCAGAUGUGAGACAGAUUUAAAUGUAAAAAUACAUUGUAUCUGUAUUAUCUGGCUCUGUUAGCUAUCUAUUUUAUAAUAUGUUUAUAUUGUCACAUAUAUUUAGCUACAGAUGUUAAUGAUAUUGUCACUAUCAUUUGUUAUAGUACAGUGGAGACCCUAAGCCUGAGUCUGCUACCAAAACAAAAAAGUACAGUCCACAGUUUGCUCUGCUGCAACUCAUCACACUCAUCACAUCUCACUGAAUGACUGGUGGUUGGUUUAUUUUCAACUCUUCACAGUCACAGGUUCUCAUGUGGAGUAAUGUUUCAGUGGAUUAAUUGUGCACAGCUUCAGCACCGAUGAUACUGUUAUUUUUAGUUCUAUUUUCUGAAUAGAAAAUGUUUGAAGCAAUUUGCAGGGUUUUAAGAGUGUCUCCCCUUUGAAUCACUACAAAUGUCUGCUACCAGGGAACGUUGCAGGAGGAUAAAUCCAAGUCUAAAUCUAUAAACGACACCUUGUAGCCGUCAGUUAUUGCGGUCAGCAGUUAACAUCACUUCGCUCGUGACAGACUUAUGAGUUUAAAAUUGGGAAAUGAAUCAUUUUUAUGGUUCAGGUAAAUUCUCACACACAUUUUUUGGUGGUGGACUCAGGCUUUUAGAUCCCAUCGUGGCUGUUUUGCUGUUGUUCUAAAGAUCCUUGACAGAUAAUUAACUUCAAAUUCUGGGCAACGUCUAACAUGUUUUGACAGGAGAGUGAAGGUGAUUCACUAAAAGCUGCUGAAGUUACAAUACUGUCAGACAUAACAUACGUUAUGUUAGUGUCAAGAAAUUAAGUCUUAAAUCUUGUAACCAUAUCACGUUUAUUUUACGAUAUUCAGUGCUGUUCCCACCACAAUUAGAUCACAAAAAAUUGUGCACUUUAUCUGGUUACUGAAUGUCCAACAUUUUUUGUCAAAUUCUAUUCAGGCUUUAAGAAAUCAAUAAAUUAUGUUUCAUACUGUCUUGA